ACCACCGAAAUUGAUUUAGCCACCCCCUUCAAUAGGCUCCCCCGUUCCUCGAUCCCCUCCUCCCUCCAUCCUUUCCCACAAGUCACAUGGAGGUUAGCGGUGACCCAUCGCUCCCUCGGUUUAGUGGCAGUCGCUCUCGGGUGCGCUUGGGAGGCGGACGAGAAGCAAUGCGCGCAAAACUGCUAGGGUGCCUCGUUUGUUUUUAGAUGUAACUGCGUGUUUUUCUUUCCUCAAGAAAAACCCUCGGAAUCGGCCGAAGCCACUGGAAAACGACACUCUGUUAAAGGUGUUAUUUUUAGUCGCCCACCGCAGCGAUGAGCGGCUGGAUGCCGGUUGUGAGACCGAGGGCUGCUCUCUAAGUGGCCGCUUGGAGUUGAGCAAGUAUGAAGUCGAGGCGAGAUAAACUGAAGAUCCCUUCUCUGACUCUGGAUUUGUCACCCACUUGCCAGAGCCCAACCCUCCUGAGCCCAUGCAGCCCCUGCAGCCCCUGCAGUCCCUUACAAACCCUUCAUCCCUGGAGCUGUCGCAGCAGCAACAGGAAGAGCCUCGGUGUUGGGACACCAUCACCCACACUGUCCCGGCCACUGUCACCGCUCUCACUCCAUACUGCCGCGAGCAGCCCUCUAGACAGCCCCAGAAAUGUGUCGACCAGCGCCUGCCUCAAUUUUCCAUUUGCCCGAAGUCACUUGGCUCGCGCCGACAGAGCUGAGGGCCGGAGAUGGUCCCUGGCAUCCCUCCCCUCAUCUGGCUAUGGAACCAAUCCUCCAAGCUCCACUGUCUCAUCCUCCUCAUCCUCCCAGGAGCGUCUUCACCAGCUUCCAUACCAGCCGACACAAGACGAGUUGCACUUCCUCUUUAAGCACUUCCGAAGCACAGACAGCAUUACUGAUGAGGAUGGCCGACCCUCGACGGUCAUACGACCGCGGUCUCGGAGCCUCAGCCCCGGGCGUUCCAGUGUCUCUUUUGAUAAUGAGAUAGUCAUGAUGAAUCAUGUUUACAGAGAACGUUUUCCAAAGGCUACAGUCCAGAUGGAGGAGCGCUUGUUGGAGAUUGUCACCCACUGCUCUCCAGACAGCUCCCUCCCGCUGGCUGACGGAGUGCUGGGCUUCAUCCAACACCAGUUGGUCGAGCUGGUCAGAGACUGUCUGGACAAGUCCCAGAAAGGCCUAGUAACUUCACGCUACUUUGCUGAGCUGCAGGAGAAGCUGGAAAAGCUGCUUCACGAGGCCUACGAGCGCUCUGAAAGUGACGAGGUAACGGUCAUCACCCAGCUGGUGAGGAAAAUCCUCAUCAUAAUCUCUCGUCCGGCUCGCCUCCUUGAGUGUCUGGAGUUUGACCCAGAAGAGUUUUAUCACUUACUUGAAGCAGCAGAGGGUCACGCUAAAGUUGGCCAAGGAAUCAAGACAGACAUCCCACGGUACAUCAUCAGUCAACUCGGUCUGACGAGGGACCCGUUAGAAGACAUGGUGCAGCUUGAACAGUAUGAUGCCAGCCCUUCAGUCUCAGUGGAACCAGAUGCUAGCAUGGAGAAUAAGGCCCCACAGAUGCUGACCCCAACUCGAAGAAAACCUCUUGAAAGUGAUUUUGAGACCAUCAAACUCAUCAGUAAUGGAGCUUAUGGAGCUGUGUAUCUGGUCCGCCACAAGGAGACCCGCCAGCGGUUUGCCAUGAAAAAGAUAAAUCGACAGAACCUGGUUCUGAGGAACCAAAUCCAGCAGGCAUUUGUAGAGCGGGACAUCCUAACCUUUGCCGAGAACCCCUUUGUUGUCUCCAUGUUCUGUUCCUUUGAGACACGACGUCACCUUUGCAUGGUCAUGGAGUAUGUGGAAGGUGGAGAUUGUGCCAACUUACUAAAGAACAUGGGCCCACUGCCUGUAGAGAUGACAAGGAUGUACUUUGCUGAAACAGUCCUCGCACUGGAGUACCUUCACAACUAUGGCAUUGUGCAUCGGGAUCUCAAACCUGACAAUUUAUUAAUCACAUCCAUGGGUCACAUCAAGCUGACAGACUUUGGCUUGUCUAAAAUUGGCCUGAUGAAUAUGACCACCAACCUGUACGAGGGUCACAUAGAAAAAGACACAAGAGAGUUUGUUGACAAGCAGGUGUGCGGCACUCCAGAGUACAUUGCCCCAGAGGUGAUCCUCAGACAGGGCUAUGGGAAGCCCGUGGACUGGUGGGCCAUGGGAAUCAUCCUCUAUGAAUUCUUGGUGGGCUGUGUCCCCUUUUUUGGAGACACUCCAGAAGAACUUUUUGGGCAAGUUGUCAGUGAUGAAAUCGUUUGGCCUGAAGGAGACGAUGGCUUACCUACUGAUGCCCAGGACCUGAUCACCUGCCUACUGAGGCAUAGCCCUUUGGACCGACUGGGAACUGGUGGAGCCUCAGAGGUCAAACAGCACCCCUUCUUCCUGGGUUUGGACUGGAAUGGACUCCUGCGGCAGAAGGCUGAAUUCAUCCCUCAGUUGGAGGCGGAGGAUGACACCAGCUACUUUGACACACGAUCAGACCGCUACCGUCAUUUGGCAUCUGAUGAAGAUGAGGAAACUAAUGAUGAAGAGUCUUCCUUGGAAAUCAGACAGUUCGCUUCCUGGUCACAUCGCUUCAGCAAGGUUUACAGCAGCACAGAAUAUCUGGCAACACCAUCCAACCUGAGCUUCUCCUCCGAUCGCAGCUACAGUGAGGACAAGGAAGACCGCGGGGACGUGGGAGGGCUCAGUCCCUCCCCAAGCCCAGCAGAGGGAAGUGUGGAGCGCAGACAUGCUGGACGCAUGGCCAGCCUUCCCCCGCAGGCCUCCUCUAGCUCCUCCCAGUCUGAGAGGAGCACCAGCCCCCUGGUGAUGAGCAGCACCCACAGCCUGGACACGAUGCCCCGCUUCGCCCUCUCCACAGAUGAAGAAGCUGUGUCACCUACAGCUGAAAUGGUUGUUUCGAACCUUCGGAGGAUCAGGAUUCGCAGCAACAGCACAGGGGCCAAGCACUCAUCUCCCAAGGACCUGGCCGGACCUCGACGCUUUGGUAACCAGCUGGAGACGCCGGACAGACAGAGGCUUCCCUGCGGAGGGAAGGUUCCCAAGUCAGCCUCCAUUUCAGCUCUGUCUCUUAUCAUCACUCCAGAUGACUUUCCUGGUGGCCUCCAGCCCAGUCCCAUCUCCCCACGCUCGCUGUCCUCCAACCCCUCGUCUCGUGACUCCUCACCCAGUCGGGAUCUGUCACUCAGCCCUGGCAGUGUGAGGCCACCCAUCAUCAUCCACACCUCAGGGAAGAAGUACGGCUUCACUCUGCAGGCCAUCCGGGUCUACAUGGGUGACAGCGACGUCUACACAGUGCAUCACAUGGUGUCGAGUGUGGAGGAGGGCAGCCUGGCUCACCAGGCAGGUCUCCGCACUGGAGACCUCAUCACCCACGUCAACGGAGAGUCUGUCCAAGGCCUGGUCCACCCUGAGUUGAUAGAACUGUUAUUGAAGAGCGGCAGUAAGGUGGCGCUUCACACCAUAGCACUUGAGAAUACAUCAAUCAAAGUUGGACCAGCUCGAAAGACCAAACACACAGGCAAGAUGGCUCGUCGCAGCAAGAAGAGCAGGAGGAGAGAUAAUUAUGACAGGCGGCGAAGCAUUUUGAAGAAGCUGUCUAAACAGAGUACAGUGAUGCACGGCAGUCGCAGCUUCUCUUCAGGUCUCCAUCACUCAGUUUCCUCCAGCGAGAGUCUUCCAGGGUCCCCAACACACAGCCUCUCCCCUGGCCCCUCCACUCCCUCCCGGAGCCCUGCACCUGAUCAUCAGGGCGUUGAAAACAACUCUCCUCAGAGCACAUCUCCUUGCUCCAGCUCUCCCAGUUCUCCCGCUGCACACAUUCGGCCCAGCUCACUUCACGGCCUGAGCUCCAAACUCAGCACACAGCGCUUUAAUAAGGUGGGCCGCCGGAAGUCAACCAGCAACAUCCCGCCCUCACCGCUGGCCUGCAACUCCUCCUCGUCCUCUACCCAGCCUCUUUCUCCACAGCGCUCUCCCUCCCCACUACCAGGCUUUGCCAAAACUCUUCAUACCUAUCAUGGCAAAACCCUGUCACCACCUACCAUUGUUAGACACAUUGUCCGGCCCCGCAGUGCUGAGCCACCGCGAUCCCCUCUGCUGAAGAGGGUGCAGUCAGCUGAGAAGCUUUCUGGAGUGUAUCUUGCUGAUAAGAAGCCAUAUGCCCCCCGUAGGCACACACUGGAAGUGCCAUUGUAUGGUGAGGGGGACCUGCUGGGUGAUUCCGAGGCAGAGGUUGCCUGUGGAGGCACUUACAUCGGGGCUGACCACAGCAGGCUGGGAGGAUACAUCUGCAGUCAGAGGAUGAGGGACUCUGGGAUUGAACGAUCAGAACAGUUGGUUGUGAUGAGAAAGCUCAACUUGUCAGAGAGGCGAGACUCCUUUAAGAAGCAGGAGGCAGUGCAGGAGGUGAGCUUUGACGAACCAGAGGAGAAAACCAGCACCACGCUAACAGCGACCACCACGGCUCCAGGAGCCCAUACACAACUUCAUCAGCCGCAGCAGCUCAGGACAGCCUGGAUAGUCACAGGAGCUCAGACCAGUGAGGAGGUGGAGCUGGAAGUGCCGGUGGUGAGGAGGUUCACAUUAGUGCCCCAGAUUGCUGUGCAGGGCUCGACAGAGAGUGAGGAGCAGGAUGAAUGGCAGCCAUGUUCAGAAGAAGAGGAAACCACAGAGAAACCUGAGCCCAAUGUCAUUGUCACUUCAUCUCAGCAGCAGCAGGCAGGACAUCCUCUUACCGGCAGCAGUUGCAGUCAGGCGGCAGAAACCACUUCCACUCGCCCUUCAACAGAGACGACUGAGUGCAGAGUGGAAAGUCUACAAACAGGCCAUCUGAGAAAGUGACAGCUCACCGCUGAACAAAUUUCAAUUUCAGAUCUCUUCUUUCAAGCUUGACAUGCACCUCUGCUGGUUUUUCAGUCUGAGUCAGAUAAACUGGAAGCUGUAAAUGCAUUUACAGACCUGGCUUGCUGAAAGAGCAUGGGAGAUUUUACUUGAAUUUUUUUUAUUGUAAAUAUUUGCCUGAAGGCAUUGCAGAUGUUCUGGUUGUAUUUAUUACAUUUGUAAACUAUGAUGAGUUGGUAUCAGGGAAAGCGGGAUGUUCUCAUGAGUAGCUAAGGCUCAACAUUUUUGUGUUUUAUGUCUUUUGACAGGCUUUUUUUCUAUAAAUGUCUAUUUUUUUAAAUCAAUGUUUAUGGUACCAAGGAGUUUGAUAAUGCUGGUAAUAAUUGUUGUAGGACCAAAAGGUGUGAGAAGUAAUUUUACAAGCUGAAAUCAUGCUUGUUUUUUUCUCCUCAGUGUCUGUUCAAAUGUGAAUAGCACAGUUUCCACUAGAAUAAUAAUGCAACAGUAUAAUCUUGAUCUUCAUAAACUUUAGCUUGACCUUUGGUUCACACUAUGAGCAACAUGGUUGAUGUGCAGUUUUGCCUACAUUAUACAGUUAUAAAACUCAUACUUUAUGGAUCAGGGUGAACACAAAAGCUACCAAAUGUUAAUUAUGUUGCAAGAAAGUUGUACAAAACUGCUCAUCUUUGCACUGCUGGAAUUCUUCCAUUUUGCACUUGUCAGACUCAAGUGUUCACAAAACAGUCUCAUGUGUAAGAAAACAGAAGUCCUGAGUUACAUUUACAGCAAGGGUAGCUGUGAGGCCCACGAACUUUGAAUCUGUAAAAAAUUUAAUGCAAUGUAUUUCCACUGGCUGUUCCGUGCAGUAUGAAUUCAUGGUAGCAGCAUGGUUUUUCUAAAACAUGGACUCAGUGAGUGCAGGGUUAUUAAGACAUUACAACUCAAAAGGGGUUUACAGGCCACGCUAACAGUGCAAAUCGAAUCAGUUGUGUUGGUUGUAAUCUCAAAGAUCAGUUUUUUCUGCUGGCUGAAGCUCUGGAUGUUGUACAGUCAUGUUUGUGAUACCACAUGAUAGAUGUAGCUCAGAUUUGUUUUUCUUCCUGUGCACAUUUUGUAAACAUCUGUAAACACGGAUCCAGCACAGCUCCAUGUCUAGCUGGAAUAACCGGUUGUAUUCAAAGCAUGUAUCUAGCAGGGAAACCAUUGAGCAGCCAAAUUACUUCUUCUGAGCCAGGAUGGAAUCACAGCCUUGUUGUUUGUUUUGAACAUUUUGGUUUAGGUUUUAAACAUUCCUACAGUAACAACACAUUUUGAACUUAGGAAGUGUUGUCUGUGUUUUUUUCUGAAAUGGUAGCAUUUGGUUUUUUUUUGGGUUUUUUUUUUUAAGAGCAUGUGGGAGACACUAUACCUGUUUGACCUGUUUACAUCGGGGGGUGGGGGUGGAGUGCACUAAUGUAUUUUGACAUGACUUUUGUAACUAAAUGUGGAAGGUGAACUAAAAAUAGCAGAGGGACACAUUUACAUUGAAUCCAAACACAGGGCUUCUUUGAACAAAGGUUUUACGUCUUUGUAUUGUGCAAAUAUUGAUGUAUAUUUUGAUAACUAGGUUGUGUAUUAUUCAUGAUCAUGCACAGUGACAGUUUGUGGCACCAGGAUUUUUGGGAGGUCUUUACAAAACACCUUUGUGGGAUUCAAAACAGUAUUUCACAUCCAUGGUCGAUUGGAUGUACUUUCUGCUACAGAGAUGGAGUUUUGAGGUUGACUGUCUUCUUCGUCAGUGGCUCUUACUGACUUUUGUACCAAGUUUCUCUUCAGACUUCUGUUUAUGUAGCAUCAGAUUUGUUGAUGUGUUACUUAAAUCCCUCUUGCUCAAAAAAAAAAAAAAAGAUCUUCUCCUUAAACUUUGUGAUGAUGGCCUUUCCAGGUGCUGUCGUUGUGUUAGUGAACAGUGCGGCUCUGUUAUUCCUGCAGUCUGGAAGAAUUGUUUACAAUGAACCAAUGUGCUAUGUACUGUAUAAACAUGGUAUAUCCUGUGGCUGUAUAUGAUGAAACUACCCUCUUUGAUACCAUAGAAGAAAAGUACACGUAAAAGUUACAUAUCUGUUUUGUUUUGUAGAAAUUGUUCUUGAAGAGUACAUUAGCACCAAGCAUUUUCUGUAUUUGCAUCCUUUUAAGACUAUUCUCAACUUUAUGAAGUUGCAUGGAGGAAAAAAACUUUAAUUUACUGGACAAAGAGAUGAGUGGGAAACUUUCUACCAGAGAAACUUACCUGUUGGCCCAUGUAUAUACUCAUCCUGGUUUGUACAGAACUUUUUACAUAUGCACAUUUUGCAGGAUGAAUUCAGACACAGUCGCACAUUAAGGGACCACAGAUGCUAUAAAGUGUAUUUUUAAAAGAUUAUAUAGUUAAAAGAUAUUUCACUAAUACACAGAAAACACACCAGUCUUAAAUGAUACAGAAGGAUGUUCACAACAAGUCCCAUCUCUGAUUACUCUGCAUUUGCAUGUAGGCUUAUGUUUUCACUUCAUUUAUACCAUUUUUUAAACCUGCAUUUUUUUAUGGAGCGCAUAUGAAGCUGUUGCUUUGCAGAUCUCUACGGACUGAAAGUUUCAUGUCAUAGUAGUAGUAAGAGACGGGAGCUUCGGCCACCGGAGGUCAGCGCAACAUCUUCUCAGUCAGUUUUAAACUUACUCUUUUUGAACAAACUGGCAGGUCGACCUGUUGUACUGUACAUGUACAUGUGUUCUCUUGUGGACUCUUCUGUUCAGUGCAUGCUGCAUGAGAAAAGCACACCUCUAUAAUACUUAAUUGCAUGGUAUACUGGCGUUGUCGCCCUGUACUGUGUUUUCUUGUGCAACAAAUAAAAUUUGUAUUUCU